AUACAUACACAAACACAUAUACAAAUAUGAAGAAACGAAAAGGGGAAAGGGCGAUCACCGGUCAGCGCAGGAGAAUCGCGAAGGCAACGACGCGGCGAAGCCAGAGAACGCGGUCUCUCCUCGGGGCGACGCACUUCGAGUCGAGACGCCACCGUCGAAGGACGCAUGAAUAUGUAUACCUCCGUAUCGUUAUCCGCUAUAAUUUUGCAUUCGAAUGAAUUAACAACUACGAAGGAUGUUCGCACACGAUUCACGUUCAUACGUUGAUUUUUUAAGAAUUACAAAUUUAUUUAUUUAUUUUCUUUUUUAUUAUUAUUUUCUCUCAUUAUCCAUCAAUUCAAAUUUAAUGAAAUACAUCAAGUGCGCGUCCACGGGAUGUAGUGAGUUACGUGCGAAAGAUUAUGAAGGUCAUUGACCUCGGCUACGAGUGACCUACGUUGCGUACAAUUUUAAUUAUGACAUUAACUAUCAACUCCGUCAUUUCUUCUUCUUCUUCUUCUUAUUAUUAUUAUUAUUAUUGUUGCUGUUGUUGUUUUUGUUAUUGUUAUUAUUAAUUAUUAUUAUUUUUCUUUUUUUGUUCAUUUGUUCAUAAUCGGCAGUGUUUGAUCGAAAGAUACCUUUUCAUAUUUUUAAAUAAAUUGUUCUAAAGUGAAGUAACUUAUUAAUAUUUAUGUGAUGAUAAGGUGUUAGUAAUGAUUAGGACGUUAAUAUAUAUAUAUAUAUAUAUAUCAAGUGUAUGAAAAUUCGGAUGUUAAACUCUUAUUUUUAAAUUUUUAUAUCUUCUGAUUUUAUAUAAAAAUUUUCUAACGAAUUUCUGUGUGAUUCUGUAUUGUUUUAUUGAAUUGAUAUAUAAGCUGGCAAUGCGUAAACUUAUUUAAAUCUUAUUUGUUAAUAAGAUUGCAAAAGAAAAUAAAAAUAAUUUAAAGAAAAAGAAAUGUAUAUAAUCUAAUGUCCUUGUACGUAUGAUCGCAGCCUGUAAUCAGUCGGGUUCGCGUGUCAACUUUAGCUCGGAGCGAUACAAGGAAAUAGUCAAGGAAGUAGGACCCGGUCGAAGGAUAGAAAAAGGUGAAAACUAGGAAGGCGCUGAAAUACGACGGUGAACUCCAAGAAAUCGAGUGAGAAGAAAACAUCUGUUAAAUUUUGUUAGAAGAAACGGGAUGAAAAAGGAGGAACAACAAGAGACGGUGAGCUUCGAUGAAUCAGUAGUGAUAUCAGUAGCGGCACCUGCCGGUGCAAGUAGAUCACCGACGACGACGGCGACGGCGACGACGACGACGACGACGGGGGCGGUGAAGCCGGCGACGGUGGCAGCGGCGGCGACGACGACGACGAUGACAACGAUGACGACGAAGACGAUGUCGUCGCCGAAGAUGCCGGAUGGAGGCGCUUGCAGCGACGAGGACGAAGUCGAAGGAGGAGGUGGAGGUGUUGUAGGAGGUGGUGUAGGAAGUGGUAGCAAAAUGGGGAAUGAGAAUGAAGUGGAGGAGAUAGAGGGGAUGUUAGAAGAGGAGGAUGAGGAGGAUGAAGAGGUGGAAGAGGAGGAAGAAGAAGAGGAUGAGGAGAGUGAAAGGGGUGAGGAGGAGGAAGAGGAAAGAGGAAAGCAGCAGGAGAACGGCAAUGGAAAGGGUGGAGAUUUCACGGCGCAGAAGACGGCUGGCGUUGGUGGGCUUUCGUUAGGCGAAAGUGGGGGUGGAGGCGGCAUGGGUGGCUUCUGGAGGCAAAGCAGACCCUCCAGUCCCCGCAUGCCGCCUCCGGAGCAGCGGGAGCAGAGGCCAAAGAGCCGACACGAUCCGGCCUUAGCGAGAUACAACAAUCUCGGUUAUUGGAGAGCUAGACGUGUUACUUUUUACAAAAAUGGCGAUCCCUAUUUUCCUGGGGUUGAAUUCAGAUUCAAACCAAGGCGCGAUAUCGGAUCACUGGAAGCCCUAUUGGAUAGAUUAUCUCUUCGUUUGGAUUUACCUAGGGGAGCACGUUACAUAUUCUCGAUGGACGGCGAUCGGAAAGUUAAUUUGGACGAAUUAGAAGAUGGAGCUUCUUAUGUCGUGUCAAGCUAUAAAACGUUCAAGCCGGCGAGCUAUGGAAAGAAAAGUAAUAAUUGGUACACGACACCAACCAGCGGUGGUAGCAGAGGUGGUGUUAGUGGUAGCGGGACAGGAGGAACCGGAGGUUGGCAAAGUAGACCAGGAGCAGUAGCUAGCCUAAGUAGAAAGGCUUCCAUCACCGAAGAAGCACCACCACCAGGAGGUGGUAAACCUUCAUCAGGUCGUGUCAUCCGAAUUGUAAAUAAUCAUGAUCAUACUGUUCAGUGCCGUGUUCUACUAAAUCUUCGAACUUCUCAACCGUUCGAAGAAGUAUUAGAGGAUCUUGGUCAAGUUUUAAAAAUGAAUGGAGCUAAAAGGAUGUUCACUGUUUCGGGUCAAGAGGUAAGAAGUUUCUCGCAAUUGAGAAAUGAGUUCGCCGAUAUAGAUACAUUUUAUUUGGGCACUGGCUCUAGUAUGGGUAUAUCUAGUACUAUAACAGCCUCUCCAACUAGAAGAUCAAGAUCACGUGGGCCACCAACAUUGGUGGAAGAUCUUGGCCGUCAGAGACGAGCUCGAAGUAAAAGUAGACCUCGAGCACUUUACGCACCGGAUUCCGAAGUUGUUCGAGUUAAUGAUUACAGUGUCGUAGAGGUUUUAAGAGACGAACCCGUUAGAGUAACUAUCAGAGGUCUUAGAAGAUCAUUUUAUCCGCCAUCACGUUUGCCACCAGUUGAUAAUUCCCCGCCAGAUAAAAAAUUACAAUUAGAAUGGGUCUACGGUUACCGUGGUACUGACACCCGUAGAAAUCUAUGGGUGUUACCAAGUGGAGAAUUAUUGUAUUAUGUUGCUGCAGUUGCAGUUCUCUUUGAUAGAGAAGAAAAUGCACAAAGACAUUACAUUGGUCAUACCGAGGAUAUUACUUGUAUGGAAAUACAUCCUAGCAGAGAACUCGUAGCAUCUGGUCAAAGAGCUGGCAGACAUCGAAAAGCUCAACCUCAUGUUCGUAUUUGGUCAACGGAAACUCUUUUAACUCUUUAUGUUUUUGGAAUGACUGAGUUUCAAAUAGGAGUAUCAGCAUUGGCUUUCUCUCAAUUGAACGGUGGUAGCUAUGUACUUGCUGUUGAUGCUGGAAGAGAAGCCAUUCUCUCGGUGUGGCAAUGGCAAUGGGGUCACUUAUUGGGUAAAGUCGCGACUAUGCAAGAAGAUCUAACAGGUGCAGCUUUUCAUCCAUUGGACGAUAACUUAUUAAUAACGCAUGGACGUGGACAUUUAACAUUUUGGAAUCGACGGAAAGACGGUUUUUUUGAACGGACUGAUAUUAUUAAACCUCCAUCGCGUACACAUGUGACGAGUAUUCAAUUCGAACAAGAUGGUGACGUUAUCACGGCUGAUAGCGAUGGAUUUAUUACGGUAUACUCAGUUGAUGCAGAUGGUGCUUAUUUCGUUAGAAUGGAAUUCGAAGCUCAUAACAAAGGUAUCAGUUCUCUGGUAAUGUUGUCCGAAGGUACAUUGCUGUCUGGUGGUGAAAAAGAUCGCAAAAUUGCGGCUUGGGACUCUCUACAGAAUUACAAACGUAUUACCGACACUAAGUUACCGGAAGCAGCUGGAGGAGUUCGUAGUAUUUAUCCUCAACGACCAGGAAGAAACGAUGGCAAUAUUUACGUUGGAACGACGAAAAAUAUUAUAUUGGAGGGAUCUUUACAAAGAAGAUUCAAUCAAGUGGUUUUUGGUCAUGGUAGACAAUUGUGGGGCCUUGCUGUUCAUCCAGAUGAUGAAGUUUUUGCCACAGCAGGUCAUGAUAAAAAUAUUGCACUUUGGCGAAGACAUAAAUUGUUAUGGACAACUCAGGUUGGCUUCGAAUGCAUUUGCAUAGCAUUUCAUCCUUUUGGUGUAGCCUUGGCUGCAGGUUCAUCUGAUGGACAUUUGCUUGUCUUAGCAGCUGAUACAGGUGCUGCUGUAGCAACUUUAAGAGUUUGCGGAUCGCCUUUAUCAUGUAUUGGAUAUAAUCCAACUGCUGAAACCGUUGCGAUGGGUUCGCAAAAUGGUAGUAUAUAUCUCUUUCGAGUAUCAAGGGACGGUUUUUCUUACAAAAAAAGUAACAAGAUACGUGGAACACAACCUUUGGUACAACUCGAUUGGAGUUCUGAUAACAGAUUUUUGCAAACGGUGACACAGGACUAUGAUCUUGUUUUUUGGGAUGUAAAAGCACUUUCAUCUGAAAAAAGUCCAUUAGUUAUGAAAGAUGUUAAAUGGCAUACACACAAUUGUACAGUAGGAUACAUGGUCUCAGGUAUGUGGAAUAAUCGUUAUUAUCCAUUGACAACGGUUCUCACCACAGCCUGUAGAUCAGCAGCGCACGAUAUGCUUGUCAGCGGAGACGCCGAAGGUUAUUUAAGACUUUUUAGAUAUCCAUGCACCAGCGCAAAAGCAGAAUAUGUAGAAGAAAAGGUUUACAGCUCGUUGGUAGCUUGUAGUAGAUUUUUGUAUAACGAUCGAAAUAUUGUUACCGUUGGUGGAACCGAUGCUGCCCUUAUGCUUUGGGAAUUAGUGGAUGAAUAAGGAUAUAUAUAUACAUAUACAUAUAU